AUGGGAAAGAAGACGACUCGCCCAUCCACUAAGGUCGCUUCGGCCGCCGCAUCGCCGGCGUCGGGCAUGACAUAUGCGGGCAGCAAGUCGUCCAUUCUGCGCGCUGCAUUCUCCCCGUCAGAGUACCAAUUGGCCCUGUUUGCGUCCGUUAUCCAAGGUCUCGAUGGCCAGCACAUUCGCAUUCACGACACACAGACAGGACGACUCCAGUGCGAGCAUGCUCUGGGGCCGAAGGAAACAGUAACCUCUUUGGACUGGGGAUACUACGGUGGCUCGGGCAAGGGUCGUGACCAGUCGAAAAAGAAGCGCAAGCGCGGAUCCGAUGUCAAUGGGGCUGACGGCCUGGACCAGGGUGAUAUCGUGGUUGCAUUCGGCACAAACACAUCGGAUAUCCGCAUGUACUCGCCAUCCGAAGAUAAGGUCGUCGGCACCUUGAGCGGUGCGCAUGACAAGGGGAUCAAGGACUUCAAGUUCACGGCUGAUCGGCCCCAGGAGGCUUGGAGUAUCGGUGGUGACAAUAAGCUUGUACAGUGGGACCUGCGCACAGGGCAAAGCACCAAGACAAUCCACCUCCCCGCAUCCUCAGUCUUCACUGCUCUCUCCCGCCCCGUUCCCUCGAACCCUCCUCUUAUCUGCGCUUCCCAGACCCCGUACUUAAUAGAUACCGAGAAGACCGACGAGCCGGUUCAGUUCCCUGCCAUGCGCAACCCUAUCCACACCGUCAUUUCGUCCUCUUCUGAGUCUGCUGGUGUGGGUGCAUUCCUUGCAUCCGAUGGUGACCGCUUCGUCAACGUCUUUGAUGCCGCGACCCAGAAGCUUGUUCGCAACCUUGUCGCCGACCAGGAGGUCUCAUCUAUCACACUGCAAACCGAUGGCGUUGCCGCCCCGGAGAAGCAAGUGCUUGCUGCCAUCACCGCAGAUGGUAGCAUCGAACUAUUCACGAAGCCAUUUGUUCAGCCCCAAAGUGCGCCCUCCGCAAGUGCCAAGGCCAGCCGGAAACAGAUGACCCAAAAGGCAAACGCAACCCUCAAGAUUACCAACACCGAGUCCUCGAGCACCUGCGUUCCCGUCGCGGCCGUCUCAUUCCAGGGCCCUACCCUCGUGGUUGCAUACACCGAGGGUGGUGUCAUCCCCGUCUUUGAGCGUGUCAAGUUCCUCGACGAGAACACCGAUGAGCUCUCAUUCACCGGAAUCAAGACUGUUGUGAAGACCAAGUCUGGUUCAGCACUUUCUUCCGUCACAACGAAUGGAGUUAAGAGCACAGGCGAGACCCGUGUUGACGAAUCUCGCAUGAAUGUCGAGCAGGGAAAUCUGGUCGAUGAGGAUGUAGAGAUGGAGGAUUCACGCGAAGAUGCAUCUGACUCUGGCAGCGAGGAGGACUCAGAUAAUGAGAAGAAGCCCAAGGUUUCCAACGAGAAGAAGACAAAGCCCACCAAGCAAGUCGCAGUGAACGAGGACGUUGAGAUGCAAAACGCAUCCGACUCCGAGCAGGAAGAGGAAGAAGAAGAGGGCGCCGAGCCCUCAUUCGGAGAACUCAUGCGCGCAGGCCAGGAAGUCGAUGUCGAGGCCGAGCUUGACGAUGACGUCCUCCUGGGCGCACUGGUUCCCGGCAAGCCCCAGGCCGCAGUGCAACAGAUCCCUACCGGUGUUUCUCUUGCUACUGUCCUCACACAGUCCCUCAAGACCAACGACAAUGGCAUGCUCGAGUCUUGUUUCCACACCGGUGACACCUCCAUCAUCCGCACAACCAUCCAGCGUCUCGACUCCUCCCUUGCCGCGACUCUGCUUCAAAAACUCGCUGAGCGUCUCGCCUCCCGCCCUGGUCGUUACGGCCACCUUCUCGUCUGGGUGCAGUGGACCUGCGUUGCCCACGGUGGUGCGCUGGCUGGCCACCCCGAUCUCUUGAAGCGUAUGACUUCCCUCUACAAGGUCAUGGAUCAGCGCUCCGCUACUCUGCCAUCCCUCCUGCUCCUCAAGGGCAAGCUUGAUAUGCUCGAUGCCCAAUUGGGACUGCGGCAAUCAAUCCGCGGUGGCGAUGAGGGUAUGGACAGCGAGGACGAGGAUAAUGUUAUCUACGUCGAAGGCCAGGAUGAUCUCGAGGACAGUGAGACCGAGGCUAAGACACCGCGGAAGUCAAUACGCGAUCAGGCGUACGAUGAGGAUGAGUCAAUGAUGAACGGCGUCGAUGAGUCUGAAGAUGAUGAGCAUGAUGGAAGUGACGAUGAGGAUGAUGAAGAAGAGCCCAUUUUGGAUAUCGAGGCUGCCGAGUCUGUCGGUUCUUCCGAUGCCGAGGAAUCUUUGGAGGAGAAUGAGGAUGAGGAUGACGACGAGGACAGUGAUGGCUCGAUGGUUGACUUCAUUGCCGACACAGAAGACGACGAGUCUGAUGAUGCCGCCGAGGUUCAGCCCCCGCCGAAGAAGAGCAAGUCUUCUGCUUCUGUCGGUAAGAAGAGCAAGGGCGGGAGAAAAUAA